GAAAUACAUGCAGCGUGUUUUCUAACAUUAUCGUUGACUGUGAAUUCUGUGUAGUUAAUUAUAAAUUUCAAAAAGAUGAAGAGGAAUAAACCCCGUGGGAAGGCACAGAUGAAGAAAAUGCGGAGCAACGAUGAAGAUCCCGAAGAAGCAAAGUUAUCACAGUUGCUCUUCCACAAAUCAAAAAAUAUGUCAGAAAAACUGAAAUCUCAAGAUGAUUCAAACUCAGAGUUGGACCUGAAACCUGCAUGGACUGAUGAUGAUGACCAAAACCAGGUUGCUUCUAAUCCCAUGUUCAAAGGCAAAGCACAGUAUGCUGACAAACUGAAACAAAAAUUUGAGACAAUGAUGGGUACACCAAGUUGGGCAAAAAUCAAACCAAAAACAGGUGAUGAGGCCACAGACAACAUUUUAAAUAGAGUUGGACACUUAGAGUCCAAAAAGAGGAUGCAAGCUGGUACAGGGUUAAAACCAAAGGUUUUGGAAAUAAGGCCGGCUCAAGAUGCAAACACUGACACAAAAAAUGAAGGCCCUAACAUAUAUUGUGUUGAGUUUCAUCCUAAACUAAGUGUUGCACUUGUGGGUGGCUCUGCGGGAGUUGUAUCUUUACUCUCUUUAUCAGCUCAGCAAAAUAAAAAACUACAUAGUUUUGAGUUGAAACAAUGGGAAAUUCAUAAUGCUAAAUUUACUCCCAGUGGCACUCAUGCAUUUAUUACAUCAACAAGCCGACACAGACAGUACUGUUACUAUGAUCUUAUAAAAGCUGUCCCAGAAAUUAUUGACCUGCCAAAUCUCGUAAGAAAUACUAAGAAUUUUGAGUUGUCCAGAGAUGGGAAGUAUAUUGCCAUUUGUGGUGGAUUUGAUGAAGUACUUAUUUUCUCAGCAACAUCCAGGGAGUUAAUCAGACGAUUGAAAAAUAAUUCAGACAUUGUUUCAAUAUGUUUCUCAGACACUAGUGACCAACUGUAUUGUUAUGGAGUUCAAGGUGAGGUAACAAUGUGGGAUUUAUCUACAUUUAGAUCAUACAGGAAAUUCUAUGACCAAGGAUGUGUGAGUGGUUCCAUUAUCACCACCAGUCCAUGCGGGAGGCUGUUAGCCACGGGCAGCGGAGAAGGCAUUGUGAAUAUCUAUCAAACUUCAGCACUGAAGGAAUCAACCACAUAUAACCCGGAGCCGUUUCACGUUGUCAGCAGUUUGUGUACCAAGAUAACUGGUCUCCAAUUUAAUCCAACUACAGAGAUAAUGGCUAUCAUAUCAAAUGUUCUACUGAGUGCUGCAAAACUUGUGCACAUACCUUCAUAUAAGAUUUUCCAGAACUUUCCCACUCAAGGAAAGGAUAUUGGUCUGUUGAAUUGUAUUGGAUUUUCACCUAACGGUGGUUACAUGGGUGUUGGGAAUGACAAGACGCGUGCUCUACUGUACAGGCUUAAACAUUACAAAAAUUAUUAA